AGCGCACGCGGCGGUGACGACAGUGGCGGAGAAGACCCGGAGAGGCUCUGCGUUGUGGAGUGGCGCUCCUUGGACUGGUGGCGGACUGCAGGCUGCUGGCGCCGCGGCUGAGGAGAACGGCGAGUGGGUUCGGCAUUUCCCGUUGGGGUCUCCGCAACGAUGAGUGCUGCCAGAGAGUCCCAUCCGCACGGGGUGAAGCGUUCAGCCUCCCCAGACGACGAUCUUGGAUCUAGCAAUUGGGAGGCAGCAGACUUAGGUAAUGAAGAAAGAAAACAAAAGUUCUUGAGACUUAUGGGUGCAGGAAAGGCCUCUCACCGUCGUGGCCUCUCCCGUUGGGGAGCACAGGUUCCGGACGCGCAGGCUCAGCGGCCAUGGCUCACGGGCCCAGCCGCUCCGCGGCAUGUGGGAUCUUCCCUGACCGGGGCACGACCCGACGUAGGGGACUCCCAACCACUGCGCCACCAGAAAGAACAUACUGGUCGUCUUGUUAUAGGAGAUCACAAAUCCACAUCUCACUUCCGAACAGGGGAAGAAGACAAGAAAAUUAACGAAGAACUGGAGUCUCAAUAUCAACAAAGCAUGGACAGUAAAUUAUCAGGAAGAUAUCGACGACAUUGUGGACUUGGCUUCAGUGAGGUAGAUGAUCAUGAUGGAGAAGGUGAUGUGGCUGGAGAUGAUGAUGAUGAUGAUGAUUCACCUGAUCCUGAAAGUCCAGAUGACUCUGAAAGUGAUUCAGAGUCAGAGAAAGAAGAAUCUGCUGAAGAACUCCAAGCUACUGAGCACCCUGAUGAAGUGGAGGAUCCCAAAAACAAAAAAGAUGCAAAAAGCAACUAUAAGAUGAUGUUUGUUAAAUCCAGUGGUUCAUAACUCCCAAACACUUAGUCUUUGUAUUAAAAGUAAGCCUUAUUGUUAUAAUGCACAGUGGAGGACUGCUUAUAGAGCACAGACCUUUGUAUUAUAAUUUUUAAAAAGGCCCUUUUAAAUAAUUACAAAGAGUGUUUGCUUUCAGAUGCCAUGGGUUACACUUUUAUGGGCAUGACUAUAACCAUUUUUGUAAACAGUAAGAGUUGUAUAAAAUAAGAAAUAAAUACAAUACUCAACUUCCUUUCAUGUUAGCAUCAUCAAACUUCUAAUACUACCUUUUUACCCCUUCAAAUACAGUUACGGGGGAAACAGUAUUUUUUGUGUGGUAGCUGUUUAUCUUUUUUUGUUCCUUCAUGUUUCUCUCUUAUAAAAGUUUAUCUGGUACUGUGAUGUGUUCAUAAAAAUAUUCUUUUAUUAUACUCUCUUAUAGUAGAACUAUUCACCAUGGAUAUUUCUGCUGCCAGUAACAAUCUAAAUUAAUGCUGGCAAAAGAUUAGGUACUUAGUUUACUCUUACUGAAUCAGCUCUACUCUUUUGGACCAAAGCAACAUGAGAGCAAAUACUUUUCACACCGGUUAGGAUGGAGUUGCAGUUGUCAUAUAUUUGGAAUGUUAUGAUCCCAAGCAGUCUUCACAUAAUUUGAAUGACACUGUACGUUAGAUUUUUGAUAAAAUUGGCCAGUUUUUACAGAAGAAAUUUUUUCUCUGAUCAUUUGGUCCUAUCUAUUUAGGAAUAUGUAAAACUGGAUUUUUUUUUUUAAGGUAAUAUGUGACCAAAGUUAAUUUUCUUCCUAACACCUAAAUAAAGAGAAAGCAGUUUCUCAUAUGUGGUUGUGAUACCUUUAUCCUCAUUAUCUGAAAAUGAGGAAUAGGCUUAUUGAACAAGAAGCUGAAACAAGAUAUUCUCUUCAUUUUAUCCCAGUGCUGUUAUCCUGAUUAUCUAAUUACAAAAAGGAGUAUUGCUGUAUGAUUUUAUCACCACUUCUGUUGGAGUAAGAUCUGACUGUUUAUUAUGUGGUUAAUUUGUACAGCAGAGUAACACAAACUGCAUUAUGGGCUAGUCAAUGAUCUUUGAGUAAUUGGGUUCAAAAUCUUAAUGUUUAAGUGACAUGUUCAAAGGCUUUGAGUUAAACCUUUUUGUUUGCUGAACUGUUACACAUCUAGAUACUUAAGUAUGUGUUUAAUGUGUUGUUUUUUUUUUUUAAUUCCUGUGUCAUUUUGAAGUUUAGAAUUUUCGAGGAAUGUAGCAAAUAGAACAAGCGAUUUCUGGAUUAUGCAAUCCAUCCUGAAAUUUUUUCAUGUAUCAGACCCCCAACAUUUCAUUUUUUCUUAUGUCUCACAUUGUUUUAUAAUAGGUGCUACCCUAUAUAGUAAAAUACUGAGUCAGUGACUAGUAGAAUGUGUAACAUUUAACAAAUAGUAUCUGGUUUAAACAAGUUUGGCUUUGUUCAAAUUUCAGUUUGGCCACUGAUUGAUUGUCAAAUAGCUAGUCUGUAGGGUUGCUUAUUACAACUAAUUUAAGUAGAAAGUGAAGACUGAUAUAUGUUUAAGAAUGGAAGAGGGAGAGACCAGUAUUAUGUUUUAAAAGGUAUUUUCAUCAGUUUAUUUAAAUAUGCUUGGUUAUUUAUAAGUCUUGGUUCUUAUGUGUAAAUAGAAGAGCCUCCUUCUAAAAUAACUACACUGGAAGACCUUUUUUCUUCAUCUUCAGAGAAAGAAAUUCUCAUUCCAAUUCAUAUAUUAUUGGACAUUAACAAAAUUCAGGGUUGGAAUAAAUUUAGGUCUGUUGGUCCAUGUGGCCUAGUGUCCCAGCACCACAUUAAAUAUCAUGGCUGUCUUUUAAGCAUGAA